AUGACUCGAUCCUCUAGAUUCCUUGGUACGGCGGCGCCACCACCGCCGGCAGAAAUCCUCGCGGCGGAAACCGACAUGGUUGUGAUUCUUUCAGCUCUUCUCUGCGCUCUUAUCUGUGUAGCAGGUUUAGCCGCCGUAGCUCGUUGCGCUUGGCUCCGUCGUCUCGCCGGAGUUAAUUCCUCCUCCAUCGGAGUCGGAGAAUCUCCGCCGCCGCCGAACAAAGGUCUCAAGAAAAAAGUACUUCAAUCUCUCCCUAAAUCAACCUUCACAUCCUCCUCCUCAUCCGCCGGAGUCUCGCCGUCUUCCUCCUCCGCCGACGUCGGAGCCGGUGACUCCUCCACCGAGUGUGCGAUUUGCUUGACGGAGUUUUCCGACGGCGAAGAAAUCAGAAUCUUGCCACUAUGUAACCAUUCUUUCCACGUGGCGUGUAUUGACAAAUGGUUGACUUCUCGGUCUUCUUGCCCUUCUUGUCGUCGGAUUUUAGUUCCGGUGAAGUGUGAUCGGUGUGGCCACCGUGCUUCCACGGCGGAGAAUCAGAGUAAAGAUCGAACUUCUCCUCCUCCUCCUCAACGUCCUUCACAGUUCACUUCUGCCAUCAUUCCUGCUUUUCUUCCUUGA